CUUAUUUUGACUGUGACACAAAAUGCGGAUGUGGAGGAGUGUGUUGUCACUUCCGGUCCGUGCCUCCGUCCGCUCCGUCUCCGGCUACUUCUGUCUCAGGUGAUGGAUGCUCAAAAGGAAGCUCUGCGCAGGAUCAUCAGCACCUUAACCAAUAAGAGCGAGGAGCUCCAAAACUUCUUGGAAUCAGUCGACCACACGUUGACAGGCCUGCAGGAGGAGUCAUGCAAGGUGAUGUCAGAGUUGCAGGCGGAAAUUGAGCAGUUAUACACUGCUCUGGAGGAGAGGGGGGCGGAGCUCCGUGAUAUUAUCAAAGAAGAGAAGCAAAGGAAGGAGAUGGAGCUUCAGAAGCAGCUGUCAGAGGGAAAGUUCGCUUUGCUGUCAUGUGAGGAGCUUCUCGACUUUGCCAAUCAGACGCUGAUCAUCACCAAUGAAGAAGAAUUUCUCACGGCUGCAAAACAAAUCAAAGAGCGGGUAACAAUGGCGCCGGCUUUCCGGCUGACGACUCGGCCUGCGGUGUCGGACCACAUGUCGCAGUUUACUGUGGACUUCAGUGAGGAGAGGGCAGGGCUUCUGCGACUUCACUUCCUGCCAGUGCCCAGACCGCCACAAAUUGAUGCCUCCAGUUGCAUCGUCCGUGACAACGCCAUCACGGUCACCUGGCGACCGCCCGGCGAGGUGGACAGCAGCAGCGAUGGCAGCAGCGGACCGACUGAACGCUACGAGCUUGAAUACCGGAAAGCGGAACGCGACAGUGCGCCACGAGCAGCAGCAGAGGCGUGCUGGGAGAAAGUCUGUGACAUCACAGAGAUGCAGGUCACCAUCUCAGGUCUGAAGUUCGAUUCACGCUUCAUCAUCGUUCGAGUACGAGCAAGAAACAAAGCGGCCGCUGGUGAAUUCUCAGACCCUGUUGCCAUAGAAACGCCAGCGUAUAACUUUGGCUUUGAUGCUUCAACCGCUCACACUGAGUUGAAGGUUCAAGGUGACACAGUGACCUGGGAGCCACAGGGAGUCAAAGGUCAUGAUCCCCGAAUGAGAGGCAAAGAAAACAAAAGCAGCAGCCGGAGCGCCACGCCGUCGCCCAACAAGACGGCCGCCAGUCGUGGAGGACGCGACCGAUUUGCCGGGGAGUCGUACACAGUGCUGGGUGACCAGGAGAUGACUGAUGGUUGUCACUACUGGGAGCUCCGCCCCCUGGCUGAUUGGAAGUCUUUUAGUGUGGGUGUGGCGUAUCGGGCCAGCCUGGGACGCUUUGACCAGUUAGGGAAGAGCGCUGGUUCAUGGUGUCUCCAUGCCAGCCAAUGGCUGCAGAGCUCUCUCGCCGCCAAACACAACAACCGAGCGAAGACCCUGGAUUGGCCAUUGCCUCAGCGAAUCGGAAUCUACUGCGACUACGACAGUGGUGAUUUAUUGUUUAUUGAUGUUGAUCGUCUUCGUCUUCUUCACGCCUUCAAAACAAAGUUCAGCCAGCCGCUCAUCCCCGCCUUCACUGUUUGGUGUGGCGGUAUCACCAUAGCAACAGGUCUUCAGGUGCCGAGCUUCAUGGGAAACUUCCUGUCGACUAGUCGGAGCCUCAGCAGCCCAUCCCAGUGACUGAUUAUUUUAAUGAGUCAUGCAAAUAUUAUCACUACUGUUGGUCUGAGCAGCAGUUUUCUAUCUGAUUUACUAUUUACAGAUUUUACUCUACUGUGAAGCUUUUAUUGUGAAAGUCUAGAACUGAAGACAGUUUGUAGCUGGGACUUUUACUUUGAAAUCUGCAGGUGUAAUUUAUUUUAUUUUAUGUUUACCUUGUGAGAGACUUUUAUUCUGAAAGAGUGGAUUUAGAGGUAGAGCUGCACAUUGCUACUGAACUUUAUUUUGAAACUCCCAGUUCUGACCACAUGACUGACUUUUAUUGUGAAGGAAUCAGGGUAGAAGUUUUUAUGAAAUAAUUGAUUAAAAUGUAAAUUUAUUGAUCUGAUCAGAAUCAAUAUUUUCUAUCAAUGAACACAGUUUAAAUAAUAAGAGCACACAUAAAACACUAUCAAAAAUAUGAUCCUAUCAAAAUAAAACAUGAAUUAAUUCUGAAUGCGCAUAAAUGUUUACAGUGUACUACACCCAGCAGCCAAUCAGGAGAGAGGAAGUGUGACAUCAUCAGCUGUUUGCGACAAAUGAAACUUGAGCAUUAUUAUUCAGAAUCAUUGAUCUGAAGCUGAAAGCUCCUCGUCAUCAAUCUUCUUCAGAUGAUCCUCUGUGCUCGUCUUCAUCUCUCCUCCUCUUCCUCCUCCUCCGCCUCCUUCCUGGAGACCUCAUAUAGGCGAAAGGCAGCGAAGGCGGUGGCGAGCAGACAGGCGGCUCCAAGAAUUGACCACCAACUGAAGGAGGAGGAGGAGGCUCCCUGCAGAGAGAAGGAGGAGGACGAGGGAUGACAUAAUGUCAUGUCAGAACCAGAAAUCAAUAAUCAAUAGUUUGAUGGUUACCGUGAUGAAGCUGUAGAGUCCAAAACAGAGGAGGAUGAUGACAGAGAGGAUCUGAAUGCAAACGGGAGGGCCAGAGUCAGCUGACAUGAUUAAUCCUUUGCAAACCUCAGCAGCCAAUCAGAGCGCUCAAUUUCAGAUUUAAAUUCAAAAUUUAAAUCUGAAAACAAGUUUCUUAAGAAAAGAUUUUUUUAUAGUGGAAAUCCUGAUGAAAAUGUGUAUGCUGUCACACUGAGAUAAACAAAAUGACUUUAAAGAUGAAAAAUGAAAAUUUUACAAAUAUAAAAACUAUAAUUAAAAAAACAACCUGAAUGGAAAAAUCUAAAUAAACAGAGAACUAAAAAAGUGAUUAAACAUAAGACAAAAACACAGUGGUCGCAGCAUCAACGCUGAUCUGAGCGAAACAUUUAUAACAGCGCUUUAAUCCCACACUGUAAAAAACUCCACCAUCAGCUGAUUACACUGUAAAAAAAAACAGGCCAUCAGCUGAUUACACAGAAAAAAAACUCACUUUCAACAGAGAAAACUUUAAUUUUAUUUUUAAUUACUGUAACUUUCAUUUUCUUUCUUACAUAAUAAGACAGAAUACUGACUAAAUAUUAGCAAUAAAUGUGAAAUGCAAAUAAAAUAUACAAACAAAUAAUUACAAAAAUAUAAAUUGUAAUUAAUUAAGAUUAAUGAAGGUUUGUGUAAAAAUGUUUUAUUUAAAGUGAAAUAAAGCUUAUUGUGGGAAGAAAUGUUUAAUAAACCUGCAGAUGUUCUUUAAAUUAAUCUUAUUUAUCAUUAAUCGGUAAUCAGAAAAGGACUGAAAGUCAUUUUUUGUUGAUGCAGCGUUCACGGGAUGCACCUCAGC